GGGCUAGCCUGUAGAUAGCCCCUCAUGGUGAGGGAAGCUAGAGCAGCCGACCGGGUACCCAAAAAUGGUCGGCUGCAUGGGAUGGAUGGUAGGUACUUUAUCUGUGUCGGAGUUGGUGACGUGCAAACUUUGUUGAUUUUGUCACAUCAAAUUGGAUGGAGAAUGUGCUAUGUCUGAUAUUUGGGUUUUGUUGGAGUGUUGUACGGAGUGCCGUUUGUUUCUUGGUGGACGUGGAGUGUGGCUGGCGAAGAAUAGCAGGUAUGCUAAACCCCAUACUUAGGAUCUUGUUCAACAAAAUAUAUCACGAACGUCAACUACUUUACCCUAAAAACAUAAACUUACAUCUACUAGUAAGUACUACAUGCUACCUCCACUUACCUACAGUUCAUGCAGCACUACGGACUAUCCCCGUCUAUAAACAGAACCAAAAUGGAACAGGGUUCGAUAAAAAAGGAACUGUUGAUCAGGGGGCAUGCCCGGUGUCUUAAUAUUGGCUGGUACUAUGCCCAAGAUCUACACGUCCGGCCAGGGUUUAUCGAACGCAGCGACUGUUCUG